AUGACUAAUUUAUUCCAAGCAUUUAAAGCAGCAAAAACAAUUAUCAUUCUUCAGUUGCUUUUAAAAAUAGCAAACUUUACAUUGAAUGUUCUGAUUGCGAGAGUUAUGGAGCCUGAAGUAUAUGGGGCUGGGAAUAUCCAAUUAAUGCUAUUAAACACACUGAUUUUGCAUUUUUCCAGAGAAAAUUUCAGAAAAGCUGCCCAACGAAGCACCACUCCUUCAUAUAAACUUAUGUGAAUAUCAACGUUUUCAAGCUGAAUAUUUGGGCUAAUUAUGUUUUUUGUUUGGUCAGGAAAUUCUACCUGUAUAGGAAUUAUUGUAGUUUCCAGCAUGAUAGAAGCUUUUGGAGAACCUUUCCAUAUAUUAGAGCUAAUUAAUUUACAAACAAAAGGUAGACUAUUAGGAGAAGGGUCAGGGUUUAUUAUAAAAUGUAUCGUUAUUAUAUUUUUAGCACGAUAUGGAUUAUUAGCAUUUGCUAUAGGCCAGCUUGCUUAUUCAAUUACAGUAACAGUGGUUUAUAUAUGAAGUUGUGCAGAGCGGCCUAGCUUUAAUUUCAAUCAGCCAGUUGAAGAGCCUGUCAAAAAAGCUGCAGUUGCGUUUUGUGGGAUUGCAGUGCUAAAAUUCUUUUUAUCUGAAGGAGAAAAAAUCGUAAUAAUGGCUCUAAAACUCCCAGAACUCCAGCAAGGAGUAUUUGCACUUGUUUCUAAUUUAGGGUCAAUAGUGUGCCGAUUAUUAUUUCUUCCUAUAGAAGAAAUUACUCAUUCCUUAUUUUCCAAAAAUUUAGGAAAAGAAGAAGCAUUGAACGGAAUUCGUUCUGUGCUAAAAGUUAUGUGGAUUGUUGGGCUUUUUGCAGGGAUUUACGGCUCAAUUUAUUCUGAUUUAUUAAUAAGGAUUUUAUAUGACAAAAAAUGAAUUGAAGCAGAUGCUGGCUCUGCUCUCUCUGCAUAUUGUUGGUAUAUUUUAGUAAUGGCUAUUAAUGGGGUUUCAGAAGCUAUUGCUGUAGCUAAAUCAACUGAUAAAGAGCUUUAUAAAAGACAAGUUUGGAUGCUUGGAUUUUCUUUGUAAUUUUUAUUAUAGAUUUUAUCUAGCUAUUGCAGCAUUUUUCUCAGAUUUUGGAGCAAUCGGUAUGAUAUACGCUAACAUUUUUAGCAUGAUUCUUACUCCCCCCCUCCGUGAGUGAACAAAAUCAUUAUAAAAAUCGCUAUUUUUUGCCCAAAAACCCACCCUCCGUGAGUGAACAAAAUUUUUUUAAUAGAAAAAUUUUUUAUGGAAAAAAAAUUUUGAUAUAUAAAUGAUAAUUAGUAUAAUGAAAUCUAGAGCUAAUUCUGUUUAAUUUUGAACGAAUUGCUUUUUAAAACAUAAAUUUUAUAAAUUAAAUUAAUAUUUGCUUUCCAAUUUUUGCGAAUUAGGAUUUUUUAAUUUCCAAAACAAAAUUUUUUAUAAAAAUUUAUAUAUAAAUAUUUUAAAAAAAAAAAAAAUUAACCCCCCCUCCGUGAGUGAACAAAAUUUUUUUGUUCACUCACGGAGGGGGGGGAGUUAGGAUUUUAUUGAGCUUUUAUAACUUGUUCAAGUAUUACCCAUAUAUUUUGAUACAAGAUGUAUUUCCUUCAUUACAAAUUUCGAUUUCUUUCUCUUUCACAUUUUUUGCACUCAAAGUUUUUAGUCAUUAUACCUAUGGGUUUAUUUUUAUAGCAAUCGGCGGGGUUUGGUUUUUAGGCCAUUGUAUCUUUAUAUAUCAUAAAGAAAAGAAUGCUUGGAAUAUAUUAAAAGUAAAAAGUUCAUAA